UUUUAAUUUUUGAAAUAUUGACCGAUAGAAGGAAGAAGAAACUGAAACAGGGAGGCACUUGCGUAUGUUAGUCGAAGAAUUCAUCAUCCGAAGACUGAAUGUGCAGAAAAAAUGGCAAGUUCAGCUCAAGACCCCACUCCUUCUUGGUUUACGCCCAAAAGGCUUUUGAUGAUAUUCUGUGUAAUUAAUACGUUAAACUAUGUGGAUCGUGGAGCUAUUGCUAGCAACGGUGUUAAUGGAAACCUUGAGAUUUGCGACGAUUCUGGUAUUUGCACUGCCGCUACUGGAAUUCAGGGGGAUUUUCACUUGAGCAAUUUUCAAGAUGGAGUUCUCUCAUCUGCAUUUAUGGUUGGACUUCUAAUUGCUUCUCCAAUAUUUGCUUCUCUUGCUAAAAGUCACAAUCCGUUUCGUCUUAUUGGUGUUGGAUUGUCAGUUUGGACGUUUGCCAUAGCUGGAUGUGGUAGUUCAUUUGAUUUUUGGUCUAUUGCAAUAUGCCGAAUGCUAGUUGGUGUAGGCGAAGCAUCCUUCAUAAGUCUUGCAGCACCUUUCAUAGAUGACAAUGCUCCUGUUGAACAGAAAACAGCGUGGCUUGCUACCUUCUAUAUGUGCAUACCAGCUGGGACAGCUUUGGGCUAUGUUUAUGGUGGACUUGUUGGAGGCCAGUUUAAUUGGCGUAUUGCAUUUUGGGGUGAGGCAAUUUUGAUGCUUCCUUUUCCCAUUUUGGGUUUUAUAAUGAAACCUUUGCAGUUGAAGGGUUUCACUCCCAUGGAAUCCAAACUGACACCGACAUCUAACGAAUGUGGAGAUGGUGAGAUGCUUGCUGGAGAUCAAGGCUUUAUCAGAGGAUCCAAGUCACCAUCCAUAUUGAGGAAUCACAUCACCAGGUUCUCAAAAGAUAUGCUGGAGCUUUUGCAUGACCAAGUGUAUGUCAUAAAUGUUCUAGGUUAUAUAUCAUACAAUUUUGUUAUUGGGGCCUACUCGUACUGGGGACCGAAGGCAGGAUACAGCAUUUACCAUAUGAGUAAUGCUGACUUGUUGUUUGGAGGUAUUACAAUUGUUUGUGGGAUUUGUGGUACGUUAGCUGGAGGCUUGAUUCUUGAUAAAAUGACUUCAACAAUCUCUAAUGCCUUCAAGCUUCUUUCUGGAGCAACAUUUUUAGGUGCUAUCUUCUGCUUGAUUGCAUUCUGUUUCACGAGCUUAUCUGGUUUCAUAGUACUCUUCUCUAUUGGUGAACUGCUGAUUUUUGCCACACAGGCUCCUGUAAAUUAUAUUUCUCUUCAUUGUGUAAAACCAAAUUUGAGGGCGCUGUCUAUGGCAAUAUCUACAGUUUCAAUCCAUAUCUUUGGUGAUGUGCCUUCCUCACCACUUGUUGGCAUCCUGCAGGAUCAUAUUAAUGACUGGAGGAAAACAGCACUUUGUUUAACAUCCAUUUUCUUUCUUGCCGCUAUAGUAUGGUUCAUAGGGAUCUUUUUGAGAAGCGUUGAUCUUUUUAACGAACCUGAUGAUGAUCAAUCUACAAUAAGAAGAGAGCAAAGGAGGCCAUUGCUUGAAGACACUUCAUAUGAAGCCUAGUUUCUGAUCCAUUUUAUACUGUUAGUAAUACUGUGCUGAAACAGUUGCAUAUCCCAUAUAUGUGUAUUAUCUUGCAACAUCCACAUUGUUCCUUGAAGAGGGAAAAAUCGGUGGCAUCCGCGUUUGAUACUCUGUUGCUGAAGAGGAGGGUGCUGAUGGCUUCACCUUUGUAUCAAAUCAGAUUGAACGGAGUUACUAGAUCAAGUCACCCUGUUCAAAUGUUUUUCCAUGUAAAUUACUGUGCAACUAUUGUAAUUGUAAGAUGUUCGAAUGUAAAGAUGUGAUAACUCAGCAAUUUAAUCCAAUCGUGUUUUUUUUUUUUC